AUGAUAAUUAUCGCGUCAUCAGUGUCUGUGCACAGGCAGACAGCAUUAGCAGUAGCGAUAGCAUCGACAACAGCAGCAAAAAGCAGCAGCCCAGCAGCAGCACCAGCGGUUUCGUCCCAGCAGUCCCGUGUUCCGCAUCAGGGAGAGGAGGAGGCCACCGCAAUGGCGAGCGCCCCAUCAGGGCCACCCCAGCCACCGGCCAUCCUCCGGCUGAAGAACAGGGAUGAUAUCGAGCUGCCCGUAGUCCUCGGCAGCGGCACAAGGGCCACAGUCAUGGCCGGCCUCGUCGAUGGGGAGUGGACGGCGUUCAAGAUAGCCGCGCCGCAGGAGGGGAGCCAGCAGGUCUCACGCUCCAUCUGCAGGGAGAUGGAGGCCGAGAGAGUGACCAUGGAGAGGCUGCAGCAGCGGCAGAGGGAGAGGAACGAGAGGGGCUCUUCCUCAACCUCUACGACCAUGCUGGCCCCUCAGACGGCGCGACCUUCCGCGCCAGCCCAUCCGCCCCACCACAGCAGUGCGUGUACCUCGCCGAGGAGGUCAUCAAAACCCCCCAUGCGCCAAGACAUAUGUGUCCUUAUCCGAUCUGCUACGGAAGGAAGGACACAACCUGGCGGCCAUCUCGGCAGCCCACCCGCCCACACAGCCGGCCGACCAGAAGGCCAUGGGGAUAAUUGAUAAGUUGUUGACGACGGUGAGGGCGCUGCCUGAGGGAGUGAGGGGGCAUCGGAGGGCACUCGACGACUACGACACCGUGCUCCUCGACCACUGCGUGAACAACAUCUACCUGCGUAGGACCGCCAUGGGUAAGGCUAUCAUGCAGACAGACCAUCACAGAGGCAGAGAAAGGGGGAUGACUGCGCUUUGGCUUGUGUAUUGUGUGUGGUUCUUUGUCUGCCUGCCUCAGGUGGCGGCGUAUCUGACCUGCCCGGUGUGCUGUUCAUCGACCACGGCAACACGCUCCACGCUCGCCAACCCGGCCCCCUACUGUGCCGCAGCGACGGCACCAUCCCCCCACCCUUAUACCCCCAGAAGGCGGCUCUCGCCCCGCUUUCUCCGGCCACGGUGGAACAGGAACAGCAGCUGCCUGUCAACACGCAGUUCUGCGGGUCGCCAGAGCAGUCGCUCCACUGGUACCGCCGGAACCACCUCGCCGACGAGUGGAUAAGGUGGGUGGGCGCCUUUUGGACUCUUCACCACUGAGGGGUGGGAGGUACGGGGGGCAGACGGCCAGGUGUCUCGCUGGGGUCGUUAAAAUCGUUGCCUACAUUUUAUAUUCGACAGAGUCAUAUCUCUACGGUAUCGCAGCACACCACCUUGCCCAAGAGAUCACUUGAAGGGGUGGCGACUAUGGAGCACAACAACCCAGCAGCCGAGGCCAUCUGGAUGGGGGAGAGGACGGUGGUAUUUAACUAUGCCGUCACCAUCCACAACGUGCUGCGGUCGGAGAGGUGGCAGCAGUCCCUCGAGCGGCUCGAGGCGUGGGCUGACAAGUCCUACAUCAAGGCCGACGACGGCGCCACUGAGCACAAGAAACAGUGA